CGGAGUCCGCCGUUGGAGCUGCGCUCGCACGGCGGUCGUUAACAGUAGUUUUAUCUUGUGUUCAUCGAAUCAAACGGUGAAAUUAUUGAGGAAAAGUUCUGUUUCCUGACGAAAUCAUUGGUGAUUAUUAUUUUUUGUGACGGUAGUGAUAUUAUUUGCAAACUGUCGGAACAUACAUUCAGUUCAGAAAUGUCCCUCGAGGAGUCACGACGUUCACAGAGACCGUAUCGCUAUGGUAUGGUGUUAUUAUGUAUUGGUGCAUUGAUAAACUGGCUGGGACUUGCUGAAAAUUACGUUGAACCAGUUAGAUACGUCGGUGUUGCGUGUAUAGUUGCUGGUGCACUUUUAAUAUGCGCUGCAAUGUGCUGUUGGCUACAUGCACCACCAACUAGGACUAAUGUACAGUCACAACAUGGGGGACAUCCACAUACAGUACAGAUCGAUGAUCCGAUACACGUGAUAUCGAUGGACGAAUCGGCAGUUGGUGCGAGACAGAAGCCACCGGACUACGAGGCUGUUGCUGACGCGCCGCCGAGUUACGACGAUGCUAUCAAGUUAAAUCCAGGACAACUGAUACCACCGGGCAACAGUGGUGUCAACGCAACUCUCAAUGGGGUGGCUAGCGUUCCAGGAAGCGGUCUUGCCUCCGAUCAACCAGCCGCACCUACACCACCACCACCUUAUGCCAGGUGAGACCCACUGUCAGGCAGUUCUCAUGGGCUCCCCCGAGUCCAUCGAAAUCUGUCAAACAACUCUCGAUCCUACAACUCAGUUCGUCCAACGAAUUCAAAUCGAUUCAGUCAAAUGGGUGUGACAAGAUCGACGAGAGCUGCCAGCCUAGUGAGUGGUUACCGUUCAUACGAGGUCAGACCGGCCAUAAAUGAGGCGACAAGACUGCGAGCCCAAAGUGUUCACGUACUUUACGCACACGUACCGUUCAACUUGAAUAGAUGAGUUCAACUUUACCCUGAACUUGUUGGUAAUCAAUCAAAAACUGAACAAUGAAAAUGGCAUUUUUUGCAAUUAUUCAACGACAAAUCGUUUGAUGAUAAUUUACAAAUGAUGAUAAUUGUACGAUACCUGUCUGAAUGCAUUCCUGGUUCAUUAUCUCAUUUCCGGAGAUGGGGAAAAACAGUUUAAAAUUAAUGAAAAUGAAAUGUUUUAUGCAGAAAAGCAGUGCGUCAUGCAUAAUAUAGUGAUGAUGAAUCUAGUUGCGUCAUCCAUUGUGGAUGAUUUUUGUAUAAAAUAGACAGUAAAGGUGUAGAUAGUGAAGGGAUGGGUGAGUGAUUGAGCGAAUGUGAUAGGAUUGGAGUUUAUUGAGUAGAAUGGGGUCGAAUGAUUUUCGGAUAUUUGACGAUUACGGAAAAAAGUGAUUUUGCGGAGGAUGGAGAGGUGCCAGGGGAACAAAAAAUAUACUAUCGAACAUCCGAGGAAAUUUCCGAUUCUGAGAGGUGAUUAUAAACCCCUCUACGUCAAUUAGUUCCUGUGAAUAUCGUUAAAGAAAUUGUUGAGGGCAAAAUCGAAAUGUCUCGAUGUUCGAGGAAAUAACGGCGCUAAAGGGUUUUCUCUGUACAGGAAUGGAUCAGAAAUUUGCCUGGUUUCCCAAUGACACCGGCUUUAGCCCUUUGCGACCACUCCUUCCAGAGUUAUUAACGGAAAACCAAAAAUUCUUAUUGCGUAAGGUCGAGCAUUCAAUGAAACAGUUGUUUUCUCAUUCACAUUUUUAUUUCAUUCGUUGAUUGUGAUUUUUAUCGACAGAUGGAUCAAUUCUCAUCAGAGAUGUGACCGUUUGUGGAGAUUAUACAAGAAAAUUUCUUUUUUAUACGUGAGAAAUCAAUAAAUAAAUGAGAAAUACGAAAGUAGAGUGCGUUGUAAUUUAUUGUCUCAAUCCAGAAUUAAUUUUUUCCUAGAUUUUCUCCAAUAAUGGAAUUUUUCGUUUUUAUUUUAUUUAUUAUUUAAUGGUGGAAUUAUUGAGGGAUAAGAUUGGAGUUUGUCGGGUGGAAUGGGGUCGAACGAUUUUCGGAUAUUUAACGAUUAUGAAAAAAAGGUGAUUUUGAAGGGAAUGGAGAGGCACCAGUAGAACGAAAAAUAUACUAUCGAACAUUCGAGGAAAUUUCCGAUUCCGAGAGGUGGUCAUGAACCCCUCUGCGUCGAUUAGUUCCUGAGAAUAUCGUGAAAGAAAUUUUGGUGAGUAAAAUCGGAAAGUCUCGAUGUUCGAGGAAAUUACGGUGCUAAAGGGUUUUCUCUGUAGAUGAGUAUGUAGAUCGGAAAUUUGUCUGGCUUCCUAAUGACACCGGCUUUAGUCCUCUGCCACCACUCCUUCCAGAGUUAUUAACGGAAAAGCAAGUAUUCCUAUUGCGUAAAAUCGGGCAUUCAAUGCAACAGCUGUUUUCUCAUUCACACUUUCAUUUUAUUCGUUGAUUGUGUUCUUUAGCGACAGAUAGAUCAAUUCUUAUUAGAUAUGUCGCCGUUUUUGAAGAUUAUGCAAGAAAAUGUCUUUUUAUACGUGAUAAAUAAAUAAAUGAAUGGGAAAUACCAAA